CUUCCCUUUUCUUCGUCAGUCGGGCGCGUCCCCGGCGCUCGUGGAGCCGCUUCCCUCAGUCAGCCCGGCCCGACGCUGCCCGAGCCGGGGGCUUUCCUCGGCCCUCAGGACGGGAAAAGGACCCUCCCCCCCGCCUCACUUAAGCCGCCCGAGCUCCCUCAGGCCGUUCGAGGGGCCCGGCGGGGGUGUCUCCUCCGUCCCCCCCCCCGCUUCCCCAUGGCGGCCCCUCUGAAGAAGGGCCCCGGGGGCCUCAUCGGCCUCAUGAAGGACGCCUUCCAGCCCCACCACCACCACCUCGGCCCCCACCAGCCCUGCACCGUGGACAAGAAGAUGGUCGAGAAGUGCUGGAAGCUGAUGGACAAGGUUGUGCGUUUAUGUCAGAACCCCAAGUUGGCACUAAAGAACAGUCCUCCCUACAUUCUAGACCUCCUUCCUGAUACCUACCAGCAUCUGCGAACUAUCCUGUCCUGCUACGAGGGAAAGAUGGAGACUCUGGGAGAGAACGAAUACUUCCGGGUGUUUAUGGAAAACCUGAUGAAGAAGACAAAACAAACCAUCAGCCUCUUUAAGGAAGGAAAAGAAAGAAUGUAUGAAGAGAAUUCCCAGCCUAGGCGCAACCUGACCAAAUUGUCUCUGAUCUUCAGCCACAUGCUGGCAGAACUGAAAGGCAUAUUUCCAAAUGGACUCUUCCAAGGAGACACUUUCCGAAUCACGAAGGCAGAUGCAGCCGAGUUUUGGAGAAAAGCCUUUGAGGAGAAGACCAUUGUCCCAUGGAAAACCUUCCGCCAAGCCCUACAUGAAGUCCACCCCAUCAGUUCCGGCCUGGAAGCCAUGGCAUUGAAAUCAACCAUUGAUCUGACAUGCAAUGAUUACAUUUCAGUGUUUGAAUUUGAUAUUUUUACCCGUCUGUUUCAGCCCUGGUCUUCUUUGCUCCGAAACUGGAAUAGCCUUGCGGUGACUCAUCCUGGCUACAUGGCAUUCCUGACCUAUGAUGAGGUCAAAGCCCGGCUUCAGAAGUUCAUUCACAAACCUGGAAGUUAUAUUUUUCGUCUGAGUUGUACGCGACUUGGUCAGUGGGCCAUUGGCUACGUCACUGCAGAUGGAAACAUCCUCCAGACAAUUCCUCACAACAAACCUCUUUUCCAGGCCCUGAUUGAUGGCUUCAGGGAAGGCUUUUACUUGUAUCCCGAUGGAAGAAACCAGAAUCCUGAUCUGACCGGCCUGUGUGAGCCCACGCCCCAGGACCACAUUAAAGUCACCCAGGAGCAAUACGAACUCUACUGUGAGAUGGGCUCCACUUUCCAGCUCUGUAAAAUCUGUGCCGAAAACGACAAAGAUGUGAAGAUAGAGCCCUGCGGGCACCUCAUGUGCACCUCUUGCCUCACUUCAUGGCAGGAAUCGGAGGGGCAGGGAUGCCCGUUCUGCCGAUGUGAAAUUAAAGGCACAGAGCCCAUUGUGGUGGACCCUUUUGAUCCCCGAGGAGGGGGAGGGCUUCUGAGGCAAGGAGCAGAAGGAGCCCCCUCUCCAAAUUACGACGAUGACGAUGACAGAACGGAUGAAUCCCUGUUCCUGAUGAAAGAGCUGGCUGGUGCAAAGGUAGAACGUCCUCCUUCUCCAUUUUCAAUGACUCCGCAAGCAGCACUUCCCCCAGUACCUCCACGGCUGGACCUUCUGCAGCAGCAGCAGCGUGUAUCCAACCCACCUGGAGCUUCAAGCCCAGGAACCACUUCCAAGGCUGCACCUGGUUCUCUCCACAAAGACAAACCUCUGCCGAUCCCACCAACUCACCGAGAUCUUCCACCACCUCCUCCUCCAGACAGGCCCCACGCCAUUGGGGCAGAGGCCCGGCCCCAGAGACGACCUUUGCCUUGCACUCCAGGGGAUGGUCCUUCCAGGGACAAGUUGCCCCCCGUGCCCUGUAACCGUCAGGGAGAGCUCUGGCCCUCGCGGCCCAUGUUGAAGGCUCCCGCUGAAGCCUGGGCCAAUAGGGAGCUGAAGAAUCGCCAUUCCCUCCCCUUCUCGCUGCCUUCUCAGAUGGACGCCAGGGUGGAGCCUCACAGACUGGGCAGUACUCUGAGCCUGGACACUCCGGUGAAUCAACUCGGGCUUCCUGCUGGCUUAGAGAGCGAGCAUUCUAAAAUCAAGCCAUCUUCUUCUGCCAAUGCCAUCUAUUCUCUUUCUAUAAGGUCAUUGGUUGCCCCAAAACUACUCUCUGGAGAGGCCUCUGGGAAUGACGAAGACUCUGAGUACAUGUCCCCUUCCUCCUUGCCCCUGGUGCCACCUGGCUGUGUGGGACAAAAACCCGAUUCCAAGCUGCCUUUGGAAAUAAAUCCUGGUUCACGCGUCGUGGAGGGCGAGCAGGAAACGGAGGGAACGACUUACGAAGCCAUGUUCAACAUUCAGUCCCAGGCAGCACCGUGUUCCUCUGAAGCUGCUAGCAUGUCUGAUGUAGGUGACGUGGUAGCUGAAGAAGAUGUCCCCAACGGUCCCGAGGAGUCGGAGAACGAGGAAGACGGUUACGAUGUUCCCCGCUCGUCUGCCCAGUCAGCCAGCACGCGUCGCACACUGUCCGAUAUCUCCAAUGCAGCCACUUCCUUCAGCCGCGCCUCUCUGGAUGGCGAACUUCUAACAGAUGCCUCGGACAUCUCCCAGGUCCCCGAGAGGCCCCCGAAACCUUUGCCUCGGAGAAUAAACUCUGAACGGAAGGUGGGCAGCUGCCUGCAGGCCAGUGGAGCAGGACCGGUCCCUGUGGCCUCCCCGCAGCUCUCCUCCGAGAUCGAGAAUCUCAUGAGCCAAGGUUACGCAUAUCAGGACAUCCAGAAAGCUCUGCUCAUCGCCCACAACAACAUUGACAUGGCCAAGAAUAUUCUCCGGGAAUUUGUCUCCAUUUCUUCCCCCACGCACGUGGCCACAUAGCACCUCUUUCUCUCUCUCUCUCUCGGCCCUACCUACCUGGAGCCCCGUGCGUCCACCUGCCUGGGCAGUCUCUUGCCCGCAUUGGCCUGGAGUUGAGUAGAGGCUGCUAGAGGGAUUCCCCCUGCUAAGCUGGGCCUGCCUCUGCCGAGAUUCGGUCAUCAGGGUUUUGUGCAAGUCCAGGUGUUUUCUUCGAGUGGCGUGAAACGGAGCAGAUAGGUGUGCGUCUUCAAGCAGUCUUCAUGUACCUCUUUGGGUUCUCCUCUCUUUGCUCGCCCACCCAACACUUCUCCCCCCCCCAACUCCCCCCCUUGCACUUUCUGAUUGGAGAAAACAGACCUGCUAAAACUUUGGAUAAACCGGUCCCCGGUUUCUUUUGCCAUUAAGAAUAUGGGGAAGUUUUCGGUCAACGUGUCUUGUGCUGUGAAUAUCCAACCGGAGGCCAAGAUGCUGAAGGUAUCUCCCCCACCCCACCCACCCACCCACCCAUCCCUGGUGGUAUGGGAUACGACACGCGGGGCCUCCUUGCUGCUGUAUGUUUUGGCUCAGGCUUUCCGGACCCUCUGCUGUCGGGUACAGAGUUUUGAUGAAGCCAGAGGUUUCGACGCCUUCCUUCCCACCCACCACCCCCUGCCCCUUCUCUUCCCUUUCUCCCGUCAUGGUCAGCGCCAGCUUCUUCCCGAUGCCAGUUUCGCUCGCCACACACUGGAUUCCGCAGCGUGGUAGACGCCGACCGCUCUCAAUUGGAUUGGGGAAGGGGUUCGGGCGGGUGAGGGGAGGCCACCUUUGCAGCCUCCAGCCUUCAACCUUUUCCAGCCUUCAAAGUUACCCGGGCUGGGUUUGUUUGGGCCACAGCAGCAGCUGCCUCGUGAACGUUGCGGAUGUUAUAGAUGAUCGACAGAGCUGCCCACCUCAGCAGCCUUCGGGCUCUCCCGCAUCCCCUCACUUACCUGUAAAACUCUUAAAUUAAAAGUUAACCGCAAGCAUGGUCCUUAUAGACACUUACAGGAAGAAAGAAAAAGUGUAUGUAGCACCGCCUAGAACCUCUUUAACCUGCUCAGUAGUAAAAAUGCAACCAUUUUGGAGUCGGGCAUCUGUGGAACAGCAUAAAAGAGUCAACUCUUUUUUUUUUUUUUUUUUGUCCCCUGGCGUGUUAAUACCAGGAACAAACGAGAGUGUGUUUGUGAGAAGGCCCAUUGUCCAUAAAACACUGAAUGGCUUAAGCAUUUGAUGUUAUUUUUUCCUGGGUACUCAGGGAAGAGAUACGACAAAGCUGUUUUGGUUUUCUAGGGAAAAGCCAGCAAGCAUCUCUCUCUCCCCCGCUUCUCUUCCCUUCCUCCUUUUUCUCUUUCCUCAUCUGCUUCCCUAGUUUUCUGUGCCCACCUGCAGGGUGGGAGCAUGUACCCUGGCAUGAAAACGGACAUCUUGAGGUCCCCUGCAUGAUUGGCUUCCGUGUUUUGUUUUUUUUAAAAAAAUAGCAUUAAUUCCUGCUGGCUAAUUAAGGAUGCUUUCAUUCUAAGAGAAGGCUGGAGAAGAGUGUUUCCGUGGCAUAAACGCUUUCUACUGGGGAGGUGUAAGAAGGUCUUCUCCGGGUAGUAGAAGGCACCAACAAGAUGGCCAAGACCUCUUGGGGAUCUCCAAGCCCCCCACCCUUGGAAGCUGGUGAGGCCAGUCCAAUCUUCCUGCCGGCAGGUGACUCGAGAUAAAAUAGUUGCGCUUAGAGGAUUCUGUGAAGGAGAUGGCGAUGGCGAUGGCACCUAGAAGCAGGGGAAUUCUACAUCCCCUGCUGCAAGGAGAACUUCAGCCUGACUAGGUGGCUCAGUGGCUAAGACACUGAGCUUGUCGAUCGGCAGUUUGGCGAUUUGAAUCCCUAGUACAGCUCUCCUGCGUGAGCAGGGGGUUUGGACUAGUCCAGGGGUCUCCAACCGUGGCAACUUUAAGCCUGGCGGACUUCAACUCCCAGAAUUUUGCCAGCCAGCAAAGCUGGCUGGGAAAUUCUGGGAGUUGAAGUCCGCCAGGCUUAAAGUUGCCACGGUUGGAGACCCCUGGACGAGAAGACCUCCAAGGUCCCUUCCAACUCUGUUGCUUUAUUUUUUAAAGAUGCAGUGGCUUUCCUUCCCCCGCCCCACCCAACUUAAAAAUCAGUGGAACCCUUUUCUGUUUCUCUCCGGGAUGGUUGUUAAAUCUGGAUCGGUUCAAGGAGUCAAUUUCUCAAGUUCUUUGCAAAACUGAAGCAGCUUUUGGUGUGACCUGGAGGGGGGCGGGAUUGUGUCCACACUCCUUGCUUGGAAGUGAGAUCUCCGCAUUGUGUCAGCCCACGUCCUCAAAAGGAGAGGCAUAUUCUUUCCUCUGGGUGCCAUGCUGUGGAUUAGACGAGAGCAGAGCUGACACCGCCACGCUGCGUAGCCGACCUGAUUCCUCUGCAUUGCCUUCCUUUCACAUUUCUUUUCCUGUCUUAAAAUUUCACAAGGACAGUUCCCUGCUGCUUUUUACAUUUGACUUUCAUCCACCCCACCUCCGUCCUUCCUCCUCCAUCUCUUUAAUUUGGGGGGGGGGGGGAAGCGUUGAUUUAUUUUACAGAAAGCCAAAUGUAUAGUGCCUUUUCAGUAGGGAAAAUGCUUUUUCUCUCCAAGGGUGAAUCUGAAACUAGAUUAGAAACUUGACCGCAGAGCCCCGGAGCUCCUCCUUGGGUGUAUCACAGCUUGGCAGGAAGGAGCCAGCGGUUGGCCACCAGCUAGCGUGAGCAAGUCACAACUAGCCCUCUUCUCUUAAGCUUCUUCCAUUACUAACAACGAAAGGCCGGUGCUGUAGCUGAAGGCCACGGAGUGCUGCUGGACAACUUUUUAACAUAGCUAUGGGGACUCCCAACUCUUCCAUCGUUGGUUUCCUUCGUGAAACAGCCUCUUUAUCGGCCCGGAAGCAAAAUCCACUUGGCUCCUUCAAGGUGUGCCUGGAGCAGGAGCGUCCGACUUUGGCAACUUGAAGACCUGUGGACUUCAAUUCCUAGAAUUAGAAUUCCCUAGCUGGCUGGGGAAUUCUAGGAGUUGGAAGUCCACAAGACUUCCAAGUUACCAAGGCUGGACAUCCUUGGCCCAGAUUCUGCCUCAGGCCAAUUUUGGGAGGCAUUUUGCUACCUUUGGCCAACUGAAGAGGGCAGAGAUGGUGUACUACUAGCAUUGCCUCUCGAGCACUGUGCUUGGACGUUUUCAUUCAUUUUGUGUGUGUGUGUGUGUGCGUGUGGACAAGGAGCUUCCUGUGGAUUAAAUGUUCAGUGCCUGUUCGGUUCACAGUGGAUCUCUUUCCUUACAAGCGUCGCCUCCCUAUGUUGUAAACAUGCAGUUGCAUUGAGGAAGAUCAUGUGUAGCUUGCAGCCAAUUUUGGAAUUAAUCAUGGAUGACGUUGGGCAUUCCCACCCAAUGAUCAAGAGUUCCUGUGUUUUAGGAAUAAAACUGCAAUCCGGGGAGAGGUUACACUAAAUUAUAAAUUAUCUUCGUUGGGUUAGGAAAGAGUGGUUAAUAAUAAGUAGCUUUAUUUCUCCUGAAGGUUGAGAACCAAUGUAAUAUUGGUGUUUAAAAAAAAAAGAA